AUGGCUCACCUGAUCCGACACAAGCUGUCCAACAAGCUGACCAAUGCGGCCCACACGGUGUCCAACAAAUCCCAGGCCAAGGUCAGCGGGGUGUUCGCCCGCCUGGGCUUCCAGGCCGCGACGGACGAGGAGGGCCUGGGUUUCGCCGAGUGCGAUGACCUGGAUUAUGACUACCGACAUGGGAUGCAGAUGGAUGUCCUUCAGGGAGAAGAGGAAGGGGGACACGUGGAGGGAGACGGGGAUCUGGACGGAGACAGCCACUACCAGAGGGACGGCACCGGGCCCCGGCCUGCGCCCCUGAAGACAGGAGGCUCCCUGGACGAGGACAAACCCAAAAUCACGACAUGGGAAGCUGGCUGGAACGUCACCAACGCCAUCCAGGGCAUGUUCGUCCUCGGCCUGCCGUACGCCAUCCUCCACGGCGGCUACCUCGGCCUCUUCCUCAUUAUCUUCGCGGCCGUGGUGUGCUGCUACACGGGCAAGAUCCUCAUCGCGUGUCUGUACGAGGACAACGAGGACGGCGUCAAAGUGCGCGUCAGGGACUCGUACGUGGACAUCGCCAACGCCUGCUGCGCGCCCCGCUUCCCAGCGCUGGGCGGACACGUCGUGAACGUGGCGCAGAUCAUCGAGUUGGUCAUGACCUGCAUCCUCUACGUGGUGGUCAGCGGCAACCUGAUGGUCAACAGCUUCCCGGGGUUCCCCGUCUCCCAGAAGGCCUGGUCGGUGGUGGCCACGGUCGCGCUCCUGCCGUGCGCGUUCCUGAAGAACCUCAAGGCCGUGUCCAAGUUCAGCUUGCUGUGCACGAUGGCGCACUUCGUCAUCAACGUCCUCGUGAUCGCCUACUGUCUCUCCAGAGCCAGGGACUGGGCCUGGGACAAGGUCAAGUUCUACAUUGACGUGAAGAAGUUCCCCAUCUCCAUCGGCAUCAUCGUGUUCAGCUACACCUCCCAGAUCUUCCUGCCCUCCCUGGAGGGCAACAUGAGUAGGCCCAGCGAGUUCCACUGCAUGAUGGAUUGGACUCACAUCUCUGCCUGUGUCCUCAAGGGCCUCUUUGCCCUGGUGGCCUACUUGACUUGGGCAGACGCCACCAAAGAGGUCAUCACAGAUAACCUGCCUUCAACCAUAAGGGCCGUGGUGAACAUCUUCCUGGUUGCCAAGGCGCUGCUGUCUUACCCGCUGCCUUUCUUUGCUGCAGUUGAGGUUCUGGAGAAAUCCUUUUUCCAGGACGGCGGAAGGGCCGUGUUUCCUGACUGCUACGGCCCCAAUGGGCAAUUGAAAUCCUGGGGUCUGGGCCUUCGAGUCACCCUGGUAGUCUUCACCUUGCUCAUGGCUGUCUUUGUCCCCCAUUUUGCCCUUCUGAUGGGCCUAACUGGAAGCCUCACCGGCGCCGGCCUGUGCUUCCUCUUGCCAAGCCUCUUCCACCUGAAGCUCCAGUGGAGGAACCUCCUGUGGCACCACGUCUUCUUCGACGUGGCCAUUUUUGUUAUUGGAGGCAUAUGCGCCAUAUCUGGCUUCAUUCACUCAGUUGAAGGACUCAUAGAGGCCUACAGGUACAAUCUCCACGACUGA